CCUUAAAUUGAGUGCAAAAAAAUUCGUUUAUUUUCAAGAAACCAAAGAUUUUGGUGUACAAAUCAUAGAACCCUAUUUAUUUAUCAUAUAAUUCAAAGUUCCCCAAAUUGAAAAAAUCAUCAAAACUAUGGCAGAUGAAGGUUUAGUUUCUCAUAAAAGAGAACCUAUUAAAACCUCAGUUGGCAAUGCAGCAGCACAGCGAAGACGGCAACAUGCUGUUACAGUUGGGAAGGAAAGGAGAGAAGCCCUUAUGCGAACAAAGCGUUUAUGCAGAGUGGGAGUUAGUGGUGAUUCUGAUGAUGCCUCCCUUGAUGAUAGUGAUAUGAUGGUUGAAGAAGAUCAAUCAGUUUUGGAGGCUCGGACUUUGUCAGCUGUGGAAGAAUUAAAGCUUGGUGUUGCUUACCAGGGUAAAGGGGCAACACAGAAAAGGGUGAAUGCUCUUCGUGAGCUAAGACGCCUUCUUUCUAAGUCGGAAUUCCCUCCUGUUGAAGCUGCCCUACAGGCUGGAGCUAUACCGCUGCUUAUUCAGUGUCUUUCAUUUGGCUCUCCAGAUGAACAGUUGCUUGAGGCUGCUUGGUGCCUAACUAAUAUUGCUGCUGGAAAGCCUGAGGAAACCAAAGCUUUGUUGCCUGCAUUACCAUUGCUUGUUGCUCAUCUAGGAGAGAAGAGUUCCUUACAUGUAGUGGAGCAGUGUGCAUGGGCAUUGGGAAAUGUUGCUGGUGAAGGUGAAGAGCUGAGAAAUGUUCUCCUAUUACAAGGAGCCUUACCAGCUCUUGCAAGGAUGAUGCUGCCUGACAAGAGGUCAACUGUCAGAACAGCUGCUUGGGCAUUAUCAAACCUAAUCAAGGGACCAGAUCCUAGAGCUGCAACAGAGUUGAUAAAAAUUGACGGGAUACCAGAUGGAAUUGCUCGACAUUUAAAGAAAGGGGAUGAUGAGUUGGCGACUGAAGUAGCAUGGGUUGUUGUGUAUCUCACUGCCCUUUCAAAUGUUGCAACUACAAUACUGGCAAAGAGUGAUCUCAUACAAGUGCUGGUAGAAAAAUUGGCCAUGUCAAAUAGUCUGCAACUGCUUAUCCCGGUGCUGCGAAGCUUGGGAAAUCUUGUGGCUGGUGAUUCUCAUAUAACUAAUGCUGUUCUUAUUGCGGGACAUGAGCUAACAGUUAAUGCCAUCCAAGCACUAGUAAAAUGCUUAAAAAGUGAACACCGCAUCUUGAAGAAGGAAGCUGCGUGGGUGCUAUCUAACAUAGCUGCUGGUUCAGUUGAGCAUAAGCGUUUGAUAUAUUCAAGUGAAGCUAUGCCACUUCUUUUGGGUCUUCUUUCAACAGCUGCAUUUGACAUAAAAAAGGAGGUAGCGUAUGUCCUUGGAAACAUCUGUGUCGCCCCUUCAGAAGGUUCUGGAAGGCCAAAUGUGAUUCUGGACCACUUGGUGAAUCUUGUUCGUGGAGGAUGCCUAACUGGUUUUUUGGUUUUGGUAAGAUCUGCUGAUGUUGAGGCAGCAAAAUUGGGGCUGCAAUUCAUUGAGCUGGUUUUGAGAGGAAUGCCGAAUGGAGAGGGGCCGAAGCUCGUUGAAAGGGAAGAUGGUAUUGAUGCAAUGGAAAGAUACCAAUUUCAUGAAAAUGAAGAACUCAGGUGCAUGGCGAAUGAGUUGGUUGAUAAGUACUUUGGAGAAGAAUAUGGGCUUGAUGAAUAAGAACAUGUUCAUAUGUCAGCUAAUGUGGUUCUCUAACUAAUGUGAAGCUUGUGGCUCACCAAGGUGUGCAUAUAUUUAGAUAAGCAAUUGCCUGGUUUUCCCAAUAUUUUGUGUAAUCUGAAUUUAGAUUAUCGGGUUUUCCAGAUGUAGUUGUAUUGAAUUGAGGGGGGAGUGUUAGGUUAAGGGGGUGGAUCAUAGAUGUACAAGCUUCCAAUGUUGUACUAUGUUUCUAACACCAAAAAAAAGGAUUUGCCGGUAGAUGUGUUAAAGGUUCAAUGUGUUUUUCUCCUUGUUC